AUGGUGCCACAAGUUAAGCGAAAAAAGGAGGAAAGCAAAAAAUUGACACGGUCGCAAACUUGCCCCUACAAUAAGGAACUGUGUUUUUUUUGUGAUCAAGCGGCUGUCAAUAAAGAUCCUCUCCAUUCCGUCUGCACCGAGUCGGCAGGACAGUCAAUCCGGUCUGCUGUAGAGAUUCUGGGAGAUGAAAGAUUACAAACAAAACUUGCGACCUCAAUUAACGCAAAUGAUGCUCAUGCCAUAGAUGUCAAAUACCAUAAGAAUUGUUAUCUAAACAAUGUCACAAAUGUGCUACGAAGAUCCCAGUACCAACCAAACGAGGAUAAUGGAGUGGCAGCUGGUAGAGUUGAGUUCUUAGAUAUCACCGAGAAAGCGUUGAAGGAAGGGAAGCUCUUGAAUAUGGCAGAUCUCGAGACCCUGUAUGUAAAUGUGCUUCUUGAAAAUGGUGUAGUAAAUCCCACAUGUUCCAGAAAAACACUGAAGCAGUUAAUCUCAAGUUAUGUUCCAGAUGUUGAAUUUCACAGACCGAAACGACUGAAUGAACCUGAAAGACUAACUGUGAAGGAAACGCGGGAUAACUCAAUAAUAUCAAGCGAAGAAGACAGGUGCACCGAACCUGAAAUGAAAGCUAUUUAUGAUGUUGCAGCACUCCUUCGCAAGCGCAUUAACCACAGCAAGAGUUGGACCUUCACCGGUCAGUUUGACGACCUUGAUGCUGAACAGCUUCCCAAGGAGUUAUAUUGCUUUUUUAGAUGGAUUAUACACGGACCAACAGGAUUUGCAUCAGAUGACAAGUUCAGUGAAAUCUACAAGCGGGCAGUUACUCUGAGCCAAAGUACCAUCUCCAUGACCCUUACUGAUCGCCAAGUGAAACACCGGAAAUUGGAUGACACAAAUAUUGCAGGCCGGAAAAGCGAUCGUUCCUUAAAGGAUCUCCCUAAUACAACACUGCUAGAGUGCCCUAAUCCUCAAGCGAACCCGAAAAGUCCUACAUACCCCUCGUAUAGCGUGAAUGUGGAAGAUCUAGCAAUAACGGUUAAGCUUAAGGACUUUGCGUGGCUCAUUGGACGCAGCUUAACACGGUUCCCAGCUCAAGAUAGCGAUGGCGAGAUGACGCAAUCUCAGGUGCCUGUCUGGUCCGGGUAUAAUUCUCUAGUCUAUGAAACACAGCCCCUUACAAGAAUCGGAUCUCCGCCACUGAUAGCAGCCCCUGCCCACGAAUGGACUACAAUGCUUACCAUUCUCAUGCAGGCCCAAGGAAUCACUGCUCACGUCAUGGGUCCGGGCCGAAAAACGGUCGUAUCGUUGGACCUCGGCUUAUACCUACCCGCUAAAAAGCUCCAGAUGGCUCGUAAUGAUUUAAACCAUCUCAUUCUAAGGCCUGGCGAGCUCCAUAUUGUUAUGGCGCAACUUAGAACCCUAGGUUCAUUCAUCGAACACAGUGGAAUCGACUUGUGCUGGUCAGAGUCUGAUUUGUAUGGCCCAGCUACUGUCAAGCAAAUCCUGGCAGGGAAGCACGUAAAGAGAGGAGAGACAGCACAUUUGGUUACUCUUCAAGUCCUGUUUAUGCUCUACCAGAAGGCGUUCCUCUCUAGCCAAGAUGAAGAGUUGGUGAAGAAGAUUGACAAGUGUGCAAAGCAGCUAGGAAAGGCGUGUGAACAAGGAAAAAAUAGCGAGGUAAAAGAAGCUGAAGAUCAAAUGGUAGAAGUAAUGAAAUCUGAAGAUUUAGUUGGCAAAAUGGAACGAUUUGAAGAAGGGAAGAAUCCUGAGUUCAAGGUUUUCCGUUCCUACAUGAAGAUGAUUAUGGAGAUGUUGCUGUUUGUACGUGCUGUACGAACAGCGGACUGGCAGUUGCAUUUAAGAUCUUUGCAGUUGUUUACGAAGUAUUUCUUUGCGCACGACAAACUUAACUACGCCAGAAUGAUUCCCAUUUAUCUUGCCGAGAUGGAAAACCUUCCCGAGUCAGCUCCUGAAAUCUAUAAAGAGUUCGCCGAAGGCAACUGGGUUGUGAACAAGAACCGACACGUACCAUUUUGUGGACUUGGAGCAGAUCAUGCCCUGGAACACAUUAAUCGAUCCAUGAAGGUAUCAGGAGGCCUAGUAGGCAUCACUUUGAAUCCAAGUGCACGUACCAAAUUCUUCAUGAUUGCUCCAGAGCUCGCGCGUCUAGCAGAAGAGGCAAAGAAGAUGGCUGGCAGGGCAAAAACGAGAGGAGGCGCCAAACACCACGCUUUGACGGCUGCUGGGCUCUCUCGUGAAGAGAAGAACAUCACCAAGCUAUUGAAUACGAUAGAAGGAUUUACAAAUCCCUUUACCGAGCAAGGUGACAAGCUAUUCAAUCUUGUGACGAAAGUGGUUGCAUCGGAGAAGGUGAAGAAGGAUCUUAUAGAGCAAAGCGAGAUUGGCCAGAAGCUCUAUGAUGAUUUUGUUAGAGAUCGCAUCAUAACCGGAAAGAUCAACCUGUGGUCAAGUAUGAAGAAAAGAAAGUUGCAGACAUGGAAAGCGAUGACCAAGAAGAUUAAGAUUUCAACCUCGGCCGAGACCAUCGAACUGCAAGAAGAUAGAAACUUGUUUGCACGCAUGCUAAUCAUCUGUAAGAGCCGUCCAGAGAUCGACAUUCCAGAAGCUGUUGGAACAUACAAAUUCAGAGUUGUUCCACGAUCGAUGUUUACUGCUGAUGGCACCAUGUUACACUGUACAGCCAAGAGUGCAUUGAUGCCAAUACUCGAGAAUUUGCCAAUUCCUCCAGAUUGCAGCACUGAUGGUCAUGCAGAACGGCAAAGAAUGAAGGUGUCGAUUGUCGAUGCAAUGGCAGAGGUGCAAGCCCUUGACAAGCCAGAGUGGAUCCGUGACUGUUCUCAACUGGCUCAGCACUUUGCAGGACGCAUAUUUGAAAAGUAUCGGGAUAACGAAGAGAUCCGGCUGGUGUUUGAUAGAUAUGAUAUUCUAUCAUCUCUGAAGGAAGCAACACGCCAGAAGAGGACACGGCAGCAAGACCUCAUCUACUAUCGAAUCACCUCAUCUACUCUGAUUGCCAAAGUUACGAUGAAGAAGCUCCUAUCUCACACAAACACAAAGAAAGAACUGGCUGAAUACCUUGCACAAGAGAUCAUAAAGUACGCUGAACAAGGUGGAAUCAGAGUAGUGGUAGCAUAUGGCUGUGAGUGCAAGGGAAGCAAGAAGGAUAUGGCUUAUCUUAACAGUGAUCACGAAGAGGCCGAUACAAAGAUUAUCUUACAUGCCCAAGACGCAACGAAUACAGUGUUUGUCACUGGUAAAGGCCAGCAUCACCGCGUAAUCAAGCUGAAGCCGAUAGUCGAUGCACUUGGCCCUUUGAAAACAGCGGCUCUUCCAGCUUUCCAUGCAUUGACCGGGGCAGAUAACACUGGAUCGUUCGCCAGAAAAGGGAAGCCUACUUGCUGGAGAAUUUUCGACGAGUCUGAUGACAAUGUACUGAGCGCGUUGGCACGGCUUGGAACGAGUAAUCUCCCCAGUGAUGAGUCAUUACCAGGUAUAGCAAAAUUUGUUUGCCAGCUCUUUGUCCCCAAGACAGAAAUCGACUCUCUGAAGGCGUUACGAUGGUGGCUUUUCACUAAAAAACAGGCCACCUCCCAGCAGCUUCCUCCAACUGAUGCCGCCUUACACCAAGCUGUUCUCCGUGCCCAUUACCAGCUUAUUGUGUGGAACAAUGACACCGUGCCUAACCCAACCUUGCCAUCACCGGAAAAUUAUGGAUGGAAAUGGGAUGAAGGCAAUAAAAUUUGGUGCCCAGUGAUGACCACAUUACCUCCUGCACCACGGGCUAUUAUACAUCUUGUUAAAUGUAAAUGCGCCAAGGAGAAGUGUGCCACAAAUCGGUGUGGGUGCAAAAAAGUCGGUUUGAAAUGCACAGAUCUUUGUGGUUGUUCAGCCAGUGAUAACUGCAUGAACAAAUCUGAAAAUGAUGACGAUAACGACGAUGAAGAUGAAGAUGGAUACAUGGGGGACAGUGCUGAUGAUGAUGAGGAAGAUGAAGAUGAACAUGAAGAUAAUAACUACAGCGAGUAUGUUUCCGCGUAUUCUGAUGACUCAGAUAACGAGGUAGAUCGGAACAUUGGAGAAUUCUGAUUAAAACAAACAUGUUAUUUCACAUUGUAAAGAA